AUGGCGCUCGACAUCGUUCUCCCUUCACAUCGAGGUCCUAUCUUCCGCUUUUGCUUCCGCUUUCUUGCUUAUGCUGGCGGCUUCAUACUUGUCAGUGGAGGCUUAGUGCUUGCCUUCUUCAUUUACGACGCCUCGACCUACCGCGAAGACCUGUCCUUCUCCGAUAUACCAGUUUCUGAAUCUGCACUAAAUCCGCGCCGUGGUGGACCUAAGAACCUACCGAUUGCGGAUGUUUUGGUUGACGACGACGAUUGUCCUGAAAACAGCAAGCUCAAGCAAAAACCAAAGCUCGUGAUACUAGGAAGUGGAUGGGGCAGCGUAUCACUACUGAAAAACCUCAAUCCUGACGACUAUCACAUUACCGUAGUUUCGCCUGUCAAUUACUUCCUUUUCACGCCCAUGCUUCCCUCUGCUACUGUUGGUACUCUCGAACUGCGAUCCUUGGCCGAACCAGUACGGCGCAUAGUACAAAGAGCACGAGGCCAUUUUCUCAAGGCAGAGGCUGUUGACGUUGAGCUAUCAGAGAGACUGCUCGAGGUUGCACAAGAGGAUCACAACGGAAAUAAACAACGCUUUUACCUGCCUUAUGAUAAGCUAGUCCUUGGCGUUGGUUCUACAACAAAUCCUCAUGGAGUCAAAGGUCUUGAGAACUGCCAUUUCCUCAAAGACAUCGAGGAUGCUCGGAAGAUAAAGAAUCAUAUACUGCAAAACCUAGAACAUGCCUGCCUUCCGACCACUUCCGAUGAGGACCGCCGGCGGUUGCUCUCGUUUGUCAUCAGUGGAGGUGGUCCGACAGGGGUGGAAUUCGCUGCUGAGCUUUUCGACAUGUUGAAUGAGGACUUGGGCAGGUCAUUCCCGAAAAUUCUGCGGAAUGAGAUCUCGGUCCAUGUCAUUCAAAGCCGGGGUCACAUCUUAAACACUUACGAUGAAGCUCUUUCCAAAUAUGCCGAAGAAAGAUUUGCGCACGAUCAAAUCGAGGUCUUGACAAAUUCGAGGGUGAAGGAAGUCCAGAAGGAAAAGAUCCUUUUCAGUCAAAAGAAUGAGAACGGGGAACCAGUAACCAAGGAAAUUCCAAUGGGGUUUUGUCUGUGGUCAACUGGUGUUGCACAGACAGAAUUCUGCAAAAGGAUUGCCGAGAAAAUUGACGUUCAGACGAACAGACACGCACUGGAAACAGAUACACAUCUACGGCUCAAUGGCGCACCACUGGGCUCUGUUUACGCCAUCGGCGACUGUUCUACUGUGCAAAACAACGUCGCCGAUCACUUGGUCCAUUUCUUGCGGAGCCUUGCGUUUGAGAAAGGCAAAGAUCCUGAGACGGUGCAGGUGAACUUCCAAGAAUGGCAAGGCAUCGCCCAGAAGGUCAAAAAGCGCUUCCCGCAAGCAUCAGAUCAUCUUCGCCGGCUUGACAAGUUGUUUGAACAGUACGAUCGCGACAAAAGCGGCACGCUUGAUUUUGGCGAGCUCCACGAACUGUUAAUCCAGAUCGAUAACAAACUUACGUCCUUGCCUGCCACUGCCCAGAGGGCAGAUCAGCAAGGCAAGUAUCUGGCCAAAAAGUUCAACAAGUUGGCCCAAGCCCGGCCGGGAAUGGCGCUUAACGACGUGGACUACGGUGAUGUCGACAACGCUGUAUACAAGGCUUUUGAGUACCACCAUCUGGGUAGCCUUGCCUAUAUCGGGAAUUCAGCAGUAUUCGACUUCGGAGGCUUGAGCUUCAGUGGCGGGCUUUUGGCAGUGUAUCUUUGGAGAAGCGUCUAUCUAGCGCAAAGCGUCAGCUUUCGAACAAGAGUCCUGCUGGCUAUGGAUUGGGGAAAACGAACACUUUUUGGAAGGGGUAAGUUGAUCCUCUGA